UUCUCAAAGAGAACUCUAAGCAGUCAAAUCCCUAAAAAUUUCCUCUGAAUUUGUUCUCUGCAAAGACGAAGAAGAAGUAGAAGAAAUCGGUAGGUUUUACUAAUCAACGGUGAUUUCGUCUUGAUUAAUCUCGAAAAUGUUGCGCCCUAAGAAGAAGAGCAAGUCGACGACAACGGAGAUGAAGAAACAGUCGCCGGAAUUGACUCCAAAUCCAUCACUUCCCGAUGAUUUGCUAUUGACUUGCUUCGCACGCGUUUCAAGAUUGUACUACCCGACUCUCUCCUUAGUCUCCAAGAGUUGUCGAUCCCUCGUUACUUCACCGGAGCUUUACAAGACUCGAUCUUUCUUAAACCAUUCAGAGACUUGUCUCUAUGUCUGCUUAGAGUUCCCUCCUGACCCUAAUCAACGAUGGUUCACUCUCUGCCGGAAACCUAAUCAAACCCUAACCAAUAUCCCCAAGAAGAAGAAUAAGAAGUCAUGUGGGUCUCAUACGUGGCACGAGGCUCCAAGCAUGCGGAUGGCGAGCCAUAAUUACCUAGCUGCUAAUGUUGUUGAUGGAAAGAUUUAUGUACCAGGAGGCUUAAAAGACUUUGAUUAUUCUAAAUGGAUGGAAGUUUUCGAUCCAAAAAUUCAAACUUGGGAGUUUGUGUUGAGCCCUCCUACUCUCAUGGAGAGAGAUUUAUACAAGAGGUUAGUGAUUGAAGGAGAAAUCUACUUGCUUGGGGAGUCGGGUGUGGCUUACAAGCCUAAAGAAGAUAGAUGGAGAUAUGAAGGAAAUUUGUUAUUAGUAUGGGGAGAUUCUCAUUGCAUGGUAGAUAAUGUACUCUAUCGUUAUUGUGAUUUAGGCGGGAUCAGUUGGUACGACUCAGAGUCAGAGAUAGGACCGUGGAUGAAAUUGAAGGGUUUGGAAGGAUUGCCUAAGUUUGCUAGAUAUAGUACGGUUAAAUUGGUGGAAUAUGGUGGAAAGAUGGCGGUUUUUUGGGACAAGAAUUUGCCCUCUAGUGGUAAUAAGAGUAGGUCGAUUUGGUGUGCGGUGAUUUCCCUUGAAAGAUGCAAUAAUAGUCAGGAGAUUUGGGGAAAGGUUGAGUCGCUUGAUGCUGUGCUUACAGUUCCUAGAUAUCAUCAUUUUGUGGAUGCUCUUACGGCUACUGUUUGAUGAAUGCCGUACGAGACAGACUUGCGAGUGGUGCAUCUUUAGUGUUUUCAUGGUACUAAAUCAUUUGUUGGAUUAUAGUGUUGCCGUUUUUUAGCUGAAUGCUAUAUACAUCAUUUGGGUUGUAACACCUUUGAUGGUUAGCUUAUUUUGUGCUGCUUACGCUGACAGUCUUUUUCCGAUUUUCAGUUAUAUACGUCUUUUGUCUUCUAGAAAGCUCUGAAUUUGUUCAAAGGCCUGAUAAAUGAUUUUGCAGUUAGAGCUUAUCAAAACUUCCAAUGCACACACAUGUAUAGGAAACAGAGGUUCUGAGUCUUACCUCAAUGGUGAGAUCGGUUGGUGUCAGAUCUCAGACGCUUCUAUACCCGAGCUUCGCUGUAGUAAACUUUGUCACAAGUCACAGAAACAAAAAUGGCCGAGAUUGUAGAAAGGUAUAUUAGAACAUGGAAGAUCCAAAGAAACUCUUGCGCUUUCGUUUGUUUAUAUGCUUCACUGUGUGCAUCCCAAAUAGUUUAAAGAUGAUUUGAAAGCCUAUGUGAAGUCGAAAAUUAUCAAAACCACAGGGAAAGAGUUUUUGUUUUUAGUAACAAUGGUAGCAUUACUACUGUGAAUGUGUCUCCUGACUCAUAAUCAUGUAACACUGGUCUUGAAUCAGUUUCUAGCUACAUCAGCGAUAUAUGCGCUAUUAAGCUA